UUUCAUCAUUAUCAUAUCUACUUUCCUUAAUCAAUGAAUUACUUCCAAUUAUCAUUUAUUGAUUCUCAAUUACUGAUUUAGUAAUUGAAUUUACUUUAUAUGGAAGCUGAGAGUCAAACCUCUGACCAGAGUCAACCGAUUCACGAAAUUAACGGUGACGACGUUGGCGAUAAGGCUGUCGGAGCUCCACCUGAUGCCGCCGGAAUUGAACCGGAGUUAGGUAAGAAGAAACGUGGACGGCCGCCUAGAGUUCAGGCCAAAUCACCGCCUACGAAAUUGAUUAAAGAAGAUGAUGAAGAUGUUUGUUUUAUUUGUUUCGACGGCGGUAGUCUCGUCCUCUGCGAUCGCCGGGGAUGUCCAAAGGCGUAUCAUCCGGCCUGUGUAAAGAGAGACGAGGCGUUUUUUCAAUCGAAAGCUAAAUGGAAUUGCGGUUGGCAUAUAUGUAGCAAAUGCCAAAGGGCAGCACAUCAUAUGUGUUAUACUUGUACAUACUCAUUGUGCAAAGGGUGCAUAAAAAAUGCUGAUUACGUGUGUGUCAGAGGUGAUAAAGGUUUUUGUACUAUGUGCAUGAAAACAAUCAUGUUGAUUGAAAAUGACGGGCAAGAAAAAGAUGAGAAGGCUCAAGUGGAUUUUGAUGACAAAACCAGUUGGGAGUAUUUAUUCAAAGUUUAUUGGGUCUACUUAAAAGGAAAAUUAUCUCUGACUCUGGACGAGCUUAAACAAGCUAAAAAUCCAUGGAAAGGAGCUACUACCACCACUUUAGUUACUCCAUCAACAGUUGUACAUAGUGUAGUCAAUGAUUCAAAUCCGGAGGCAAGUGAAUCUAAAAGAAGAAAGACGGAUGAACUGACUAGCAUACCCCAAAAGGAAACAGUAAUCACAAAGAAGACGGGUACUGGCAAAAGCUCAUAUCUGGUUGCACACAAGGACUGGGCAACUAAAGAGCUGUUGGAUUUUGUUGCGCACAUGAAAAAUGGUGAUACAUCAGUGCUAUCUCAGUUUGAUGUCCAAGAACUUAUGUUAGAGUACAUAAAAAGAAAUAACCUCCGUGAUCCGCGUAAGAAAAGUCAAAUAAUAUGUGAUACACGGCUAAAGGUUCUGUUUGGGAAACCACGUGUUGGCCAUUUUGAAAUGUUAAAGCUUCUGGAAUACCAUUAUUUCUUAAAAGAAGAUGUCCCAAAGAACCCAAUCAACAGCAUUGCAAGUGCAAAACACAUUGAUCCUGAUUGGAAUAGUGAUAAUAUGUUGCCAGUGGGUAAAGAUAAGAAAAGGAAGAAUCACAAAAAGAUUGAAGAGCGUACACCAGAAAAUAAAUUAGAUGAAUAUGCUGCUAUUGAUAUCCAUAAUAUGAAUUUAAUAUAUCUGCGCCGGAAAUUUAUGGAGAAUCUUGUAGAAAAUAAUGAAGAGUUUCAAAAAAAAGUGGUUGGUUCAAUUGUCAGAAUAAGAAUAUCUGGUAGUGAUCUGAAGCAUGAUAUGUACAGACUUGUUCAAGUUGUCGGUACAAGUAAGGCAGAUGCACCGUAUAAAAUCGGCGAUAAAUCCACAAAUUUUAAGAUUGAAGUAUCAAAUUUAGACAAGAAAGAAACUGUGUCAAUUGAUACUAUUUCAAAUCAGGAUCUUUCUGAGGACGAGUGCAGACGUUUGCGACAAAGUAUAAGAUGUGGGCUUGUAAAACGUUUUACUGUGGGUGAGAUACAGGACAAGGCAGUUUCCCUCCAAUCUGUCAGGCUCAAUGAUAUGAUGGAAGCAGAGACAUUAAGGCUGAACAAUCUUCGUGACCGAGCCAGUGAGAAAGGGCACAAGAAAAGCCUUAGAGAAUACGUGGAAAAACUCCAACUUCUGAAGACACCUGAGGAGCGUGAGCGCAGAUUGCGGGAAAUUCCCGAGGUUCACUCCGAUCCAAAAAUGAAUCCAGAUUAUGAAAGUGAUGACACGGAGGAAUAUUUUAACAAAGAACAUGAGGAACAGACGAAGCCAAACUUUUCUGGGAUUAUUCGAAAAAAUAAGUAUCCGGGAAUCAGUCGAGACAGUGCAAUCUCCCCUAAAAAACAAGCAGAUUAUAUAAAUAAUGUUGGUAGCCGAUCUCGGAAAAAUGAAGAGGGUUCUAUUAAGGCUCUAGGUAGAAUACAUAUGAAAAAGGACCCUCAUGGAUCAAGCAGUUUGGGCAGACCACAAAAUCAGGUUGAUAUAAAUGGCUCAUCAAUCACCAAUCGUAAUCAUAACACCACAUCGGAAGCAGCUACGUCAUCAUAUUCCACCAAGAACAAUUCAAUUUCCAACGAUAGUGAAUUAGAGAAAUUGUGGCAUUACCGAGACCCCAGUGGUAAGGUGCAAGGUCCGUUUUGUAUGGUACAGCUGCAAAAAUGGAGUACCACUGGAUACUUUCCACAAGAUAUGAGAAUAUGGACUAACAGAGAGGAUGAGUCUUUCCUCUUGAAUGAUGUAUUGAAAGAGCAGUUACACAAUAAGACAGCCACCGAGAAAGUCGGUAUACGAAUUGAGCGUCUCACAGUCCGUACGACUAAUCUAUCCAGACAAAAUUCAGCCAAUCACGAUAAGUUAUCUGAUACACAUGGUUCAGUGGGACAAGCAUCUGUACAGAAGUGGAUUGCCAACGGUAAUGCCCUUUCUUUUGGGAAGUCAAGUGAACCAGACGCACUAGAAAUGGCAAGUCCUACACCAGUGGAAAACAAUUGCAAUAUCAAGAAUGUUUCAUCAGGUUUUAAUAUUAAGAAUGCAGAUCACAUGGAUUUACCAAGUCCCACACCAAAGGAGAUGACCCAUGCAGAUGAAAAAGUGAAGAGUGCUCCAGAAAGCUCGGUUCAAGAAACCAAUAAUGUUGGUGGGACUCAGCUUCCUGAAACAGGUAAUGAAUGGAGAGCAAGUCCUGCACCAAAGGAGACGACCCAUGAAGAUGAAAAAGUGAUAAAUGCUCCACAAAUCUCGGUUCAAGAAACCAAGAAUGUUGAUGGGGAACUGUCUCCUGAAACAGGUACUGAACGGAAAGCAAGUCCCGCUCCAAAGGAGACGACCUAUGAAGAUGAAAAAGUAAAAGAUGCUUCAAUUAUCUCGGCUCAAGAAUCCAAGAAUGUUGUUGGGACCCAGACUUCUGAAACAGGUAAUGAAUGGAGAGCAACUCCCAGAGCAAAGGAGAUCACCCAUGAAGAUGAAACUGUGAAAAAUGCUCCAGAAAUCUUGGCUCAAGAAUCCAAGAAUGUUGGAGGCACCCGGCCUCUUGAAACAGGUAAUGAAUGGAGAGAAAGUCCCACACCAAAGGAGAUGACUCAUGAAGAUGAAGUAAAAAAUGCUCCAGAAAUCUUGGCUCAAGAAUCCAAGAAUGUUGGAGGCACCCGGCCUCUUGAAACAGGUAAUGAAUGGAGAGCAAGUCCCACCCCAAAGGAGACGACCCAUGAAGAUGAAGUAAAAAAUGCUCCAGAAAUCUUGGCUCAAGAAUCCAAGAAUGUUGGAGGCACCCGGCCUCUUGAAACAGGUAAUGAAUGGAGCGGCUAUUCGCCUACGCAAGUGAAACAGGAAGAGUGGCCUUUGGCGAGUGAACAUGUCGUAACAACAGCCAGUGUCGAGCAAGUUAUACCUUCAUCAUCACAGCCUGGAUAUAAUUCAUUGCCGCCAUGGCAAGGUGUUCAUGAAACAAUUGAGUUUAGUACAUUGGCAGAGGAAUCUGUUUCAGAUCUUUUGGCUGAAGUGGAUGCAAUGGAGUCUCAAAAUGGUUUCCCUUCACCUACAUCAAGAAGGAACAGUUUUGUAGAAGAUUUGUUUAAUGGAUCCUUUGAGGAUUUCAGUCCCACCCCCGAUCAGAGUGCAAGCAGCAAUCCCUUUAGUUCUAGUGGAGUAGAUCUACACUUGCCAUUUCAACCAUCCAUCACGACCACCACAGCCACCACCACCUCCGCCGCUACAUUGGUUGAGACUUCUCAGGGCAACACCAGUAAUGUAUUUGAUUUCGGAAAGAGCUCAACUGAUUUACAAUUAAAAUGGCCUGAAGUGCCAAGAGAAACUAUAUCUGAAGAUGCGAUUGAUGUAAAUAAUUCCGCAAAUGCUGAAGCUGACAAGGAAGAAAGAGAAAGCAAAACUGGAUAUGUUCAAAUAGAGGAAAACUCUGUCCAGAUGCGUCCAGAUCAAAUUACUUCUGAAACGAGUUAUGACCUGUCAAAUUCAAAUGAACACAAGGAGGGUGAUUCUGCCCAACCCACAACUACAAAAUCAGAGGUCCAAAUCCCCAAAUUGGCACUUGAAGUUAGAACAGACCAUCCGGAAGCAGCUGAUGGAAUCGUGCAGCCUACAAAGGUGGAUGCUGUAGGACCACCAGCACAACCACACCUGCUGCAACCUACGGUAUCUUCGACCAUUGCGGUAGACAAAACUUACUCACAUGCAGUGGGACAAGAAGCAAUGCAAGGUAACAUAAGUAACUUCGUAAGACCUGCUCAAGAAGUCAUCACACGGGUGAAUCCACAUUCAAAUGCAAGUUGGGGUGUGAACGUAGGGUGGGACCCACCCCAACGGCCGUAUGUUGGCGAACGAUAUAACAAUAACAGUAUGAGAGAAAGAAGUUACAAGGUUGAGGAUUCAGGAUAUAGCAGGAAUGGUAAACCUUGGGUUAGGCAGUCUUCAUUUGGUAGUGGCAGCGUUGGUGGUGGAGUUGGUGUUGGUGGUUACUUGAGACCACCAUCAAAUGGGAAGCGUGUUUGUAAGUUUUAUGAGAGCGGGCGGUGUAAGAGGGGAGCUUCCUGCAACUACUGGCACCCUUGAGGCAAAGGUGGUAUGUUCUUUGUAUUGUUGACUAGUUAUGUAUAACCCAUCUAUAUAUAUAAAUAUCAUGUGCCCAGUGCUAUAUAUUUAGUUGUAAGCUGUAACAUCCCAUGAUUUAAUUGGCUGAGUUUAUAUCAGUCAUUGAUUUACUCAAUACAAUUUUUUGUCUUAAAA